AAUCCCGCUCAACGCGCUGACAUCUGCCGCAUGUGACCCAGAUACAGACUCUCUGCAGACAGGCUGGGCCAUGUCUGCUAAAAAUAGCCUCUAAUUUGCCUUCACGCAGACAUUGCAAGCCGCCAUUUUGUGUCGGCCGAUUUGUCUGUAAAUAACAACGUACAGUUUUAAUACCGUCCAAAGCAACAUUGUCGGUACCGUGGGUGGGAUAUAUGUACAAACAGUGUCUGUCUAAGUAGAUAUGGCAACCGCUAUGGAUAUUGAUAGAGAAGAACGCGAGACCAACAUGAAGUUAAUCCGUCUGAUAUCGGCACAGCCUGCCCUUUGGGAUGCUAGGAGUCAGCACUAUCGUGACAGGACUUUCAAGAGCGAGGUGGUCAGGGAAAUUGGUCAGCAAAUGAACUGGACAGAUCAUGCAGUUAUCAAGAAGUUCGCCAACUUGCGGACGUACUACACGAAGGAACUAAACAAGGAACUCGUGAGUCAGGUCCACAGCCGGAUGAAGGGUGAUGGGGAGGAUACCUACAAGUCCAAAUGGCCGUACUAUGACAUGCUGGAUAACUUCCUCCGGACACAAGUCCGCACAUUAAAGAAAAUCCAUUCGAAAAUGGAGAGCAUCAAUACUGACUCUCCCGGAGUGAUGAGAGUAAACCUUGACAGUGACAGCAUCGAGCACAUAUUUGAAGACGCAGACGACCAAUCAGAGGGAAGUAAACUGGACAGCCCAGAUGCUAAUCAGGACAAUCGCCAAGGCAACCAUUACUUCGUGGAUUGGGAUGAUGAGUCAGUUCCACGGAAACUUAUCAAACGUGAACCUGAGAUGUACGUGUAUGAGGCGGAGCAACGGUCGGACUCAGAACCAUCAAAUCCUCGUCAAGUGCUGCCAUCUAUACCAGCAACUCCUAGCGUGCCCCAUCCAGUCCCACAACGUCCUGUCAGUCACCAUACCACACCCAUUCUGUCUCAUACCACGCCUACUUCCUCCUUUGCUAGUCCAACAGUACUUUUUCAAACUGACAUGUCGCAUACUGAUGCAGAAGAUGAUAUCUUCGCAAAGUUAAUAUGUUACCAGUUGAGACGUGUGAGGGAUGGAAAGAGAAAAGAACUUUUAAAAAUUAAAAUCCAACAAAUGAUUUUUGAGACAUUAUUUGAAGAUGAUUAGAACACAACACAGUAUGAGACCCAGGUCACAAAUUUUGGUGUCUCCUUCCGGGAUUCGAACCCGGGCCUUUGGCGUGAGAGGCCAGCAUGCUAACCACUACACCACUGUGCUCCACAAAGGGAAGACAAACGUUGGUAGUUAGAAUCUACUUCACCCCAGAAACCCUAUGGGGAGACAAAAUGGGUAGGUAGGACCUAUUCUACUGUAAUUGGGACUAUUGCACCCCAGAAUCCUUAUGGGGGAGACAAAAAUGGUGAGUAGGGACCUUAUUCUAUCCUGGAAUCCUUUUGAGGAACCAAACACUGGUACUUGGGACCUAUUGCACCCCAGAGUCCUUAUGGGGGGAGACAAGAAUAGGUAGUGGGGACCUAUUUUACCCUGAGAUCCCAUGGGGAUCCUGAUGUGUAGAAAUACCUCAGCAACAAACACAAUCAUAUUCAUUCCAUUUAUUCCCACUAUGACAAUAAACGGUUGUGAAGCUAUGGUUUGUUGGUAUCCUCCACCUAUACUAUAGGCUAUAGACAACAACAACUGUGUAUGUUAUGACAUUUAUUCCCCACUCUACCCAUUCAAUACACAUUACAAUGUCAGACCAUCACAGUGACAGAUAUCACUGAAGUACACUGUAACAAUUCUCACAUAUCAUACAGCUCUGGACGACCUUCAACUUACCUUUUUGCAGUCACUCUCCAUUACUUUCAAUAUUUUUUGUCCAUCCUUUAAAAAUUCUUUUAAGUUUAAGCACAUUCAUAAACCUGAUUCUUUUUCAGAAAAGUCCUCCUUGGGGUACAUAUAAGCAUUUAAAUGUCCAUUUUAAAUCCUACGACAGUUGUAACUAUAUUUUUCAAUAAAAU